AAAAAGGAUGUGGUUGGUUCAGUUGCACUUGCGAAAUAUCCAGCCGAGCAUGACCUGCCCAGAGUUGGGACGUUAGGAAUGUAUUUUGUGCAUCCGGAUUAUCGCGGUACUGGAGUCGGCACGAUGUUAUUCAAUAAAGCGAUUGCAGAGUGGAAAAAGGACGGCGGAAAUAUGGCACUAAAUGGAGGUAAUGAUUAUUCCUUCGUUCGAGAAGCGAUUAGGUGGCCCUUACCUCACAGUCAGUGA